UAAAAGAUAAGCCCCUGCUUACAUUAACAGAUUUGCAAGUAUUUGCUUUCCAUACACCAAUCACAGGCUCACUACUGAAGAAAAAUCUAGUCUGAAAGGCUGAAAUGGCUUCUGCUUGUGCUUCCUCUGCCAUUGCAGCUGUGGCCAUCUCUUCCCCCAGUUCCCAAAAGAGUGGAUGUGUAGUGGGUGCAACAAAAGCUUCUUUCCUUCGUGGGAGGAAACUGAGAGUGAGAAACUAUACAGCACCCACCGGAACCCGUUCUCUUUCGGUGUGUGCCGCGGUGGCUGAUCCUGAUAGGCCACUCUGGUUCCCAGGCAGCACCCCUCCUCCAUGGCUUGAUGGCAGCCUCCCUGGAGACUUUGGUUUCGAUCCUUUGGGUCUUGGAUCUGAUCCUGAGACCCUGAGAUGGAACGUACAAUCAGAGCUUGUGCACUGCAGAUGGGCAAUGUUAGGAGCCGCGGGUAUUUUCAUUCCAGAGUUGCUAACAAAGAUUGGCAUCCUCAACACCCCUUCAUGGUACACUGCCGGAGAGCUGGAAUACUUCACUGACACGACCACACUCUUCGUUAUCGAGCUAAUCUUAAUCGGCUGGGCGGAGGGAAGACGGUGGGCUGACAUCCUAAAGCCAGGGUCCGUAAACACCGACCCCAUCUUCCCCAACAACAAGCUCACAGGGACAGACGUUGGCUAUCCUGGAGGCCUUUGGUUCGACCCACUUGGCUGGGGAAGUGGUUCUCCUGAGAAGAUCAAGGAGUUGAGGACAAAAGAGAUCAAGAAUGGGCGUUUGGCAAUGUUGGCCGUGAUAGGUGCGUGGUUCCAACACAUAUACACAGGCACAGGCCCCAUUGACAACCUUUUUGCCCACCUUGCUGACCCUGGCCAUGCCACCAUUUUUAAUGCUUUCACCCCCAAGUGAAGAACACUGUUACUUGCUGUCGAUCAAUGAUUACAAGUAUGGGAGUGAGAUUGGGCGGACGUCUUUUCCUAGGAAGGCAGCUUAAAAGAUGUGUGUUUUCAGAAGGAAUGUUUGUACCAAUGGAACUUGUGUUUGUGUCUUUGUUUAUGUCUUCUAGAGAAUGCUCAUGCAUUAAUGUACAAAUGCCUCUUUUAACUUA